GUGAGUAAGAAACCAAGAGUGGAGUGUGAGAGGAGCUACCGUACCUGCUGCUCUCACUGCUCAAAUAUUAACAACGGAUUUCAGGGAACUGAUGCUGCUGCUCUGGGACAAACCCAAACUGUGGAGGCAGCCGGGUUCAGUGGUUUGUGGACAGGCACUGUACUGCUGCUGCUGGAGGCACUGCAUAUAAAAGACUGAUGGAGGAGGAGGUCACAGAGCCGGAUCCUCAGAUGGUGGAGCCCUCCAGCAUGCCAUCGCCAGAGACACAUGCGGAGGUAAAUGGAGACUUGCCGGGCAACCCAUACCUGAGGGAUGAUGGGACAGUGGACGUGGUGGAGAGUCCGGCAAGGGAGCCUGUUGUGCUGCAGUAUCCUACAGAGUACAAUCUCAGCCACCAGUGUGGGGAGAAGAUGCCGUUCCACCAUGUAACGGCAGGCCUGCUCUACAAGGGGAACUACCUGAGCCGCUCGCUGUCUGACAGUGACAGCGAUGUGUUGGCCAGCAUCUCUGUUGAGGAGCUCGACGAGAUCAGAGAGGCGUUUAAGGUGCUGGAUCGUGAUGGAAACGGGUUCAUUUCCAAACAGGAGCUGGGCAUGGCCAUGCGGUCUCUGGGUUACAUGCCCAGUGAGGUGGAGCUGGCCAUUAUCAUGCAGAGACUAGACAUGGAUGAAUCCCAGGAGACCCUGACUGCUGCUGUGCCUCAGAGCCGGAUCUUGUUGCAUCGUCUGCCGCAACCAGAAGUUGAGCAAUGUAUUGAUGAAGAGCGUCAAGGGGACGCUGAAUGA